AGCUGCAAAUUUGCUGAUGGAACUCGACACCCUGGGAUUUGAAUGUACCCUUGAAGAGGUUGAUCCUGAAGAUAUCACUAAGAACCAAACAAACACAAUAAAAGCUUGCACAUCUGAAGGUCUAGAGACUGGGAACUGUCCAGCACUGGAAGGAUCAACUUUUGAUAAGAGGAAAUGCCUGCAGGGCAUCUAUGAGGAUCUGAGUGCUUACAGGGCAGAGCUCAACAACUUCCACGAUCACCAAGUGCUGGCAAGUCUCGAUGAGAUGAUGAAAGUGAGUAUUUUCUGCCUCCUCCCUCUCCUCAGAGACCUCAAAAAUCGAGCCCUGAACAGCAGCCGGAAGGUUCCGGAGCCGCCGGCGGGAGCGGGCCCGGAGUCAUUCCCGGAGAGGCUGCGGCUGUGCCGGGUGCUCCAGGCCCUCCGGAUCCGCUCCCUCACCAUCUCCAGGAUGAUGAACUUCCUGAGCUCCCCGGAGAGCUCCCUGUGAGCACACCCAACCUGAGGAUUCCUUGGAGAGAAAAAAAAAACCAGCGGGAUCGACCCCCUGCCACGUGCUCGGGAGGGGGUUUAAAAGGAAUUUUUAAUAGUCACAGUUUCCAUAAAUCAUUUUUUUUUAGGGAGCUGUGCCAGUGCCUUUGGAACUGUCAGGUUAAACUUCUACAUUUCUAGGAAAUAAGCUAGAUUUUAGCACCAACUCUAAUUUAUCAUGUUUUAUUUAUUCAGCUUAUUUUUCCCCAGUUGAGACCUAUUUAUAAUAAUCCAUUUCCUCGUGGGUCCCUUCCAACUCAGGAUAUCCUAUUCCAUGAUUUAUUUAUGAUAUG